UGCAGAUGAUGGCUUUUAUUACAUGGUAGCAGCAAUUUUGAUCUUGGGGAUUGUUACGAUUAAGCAUUACGAGUUCUGUGAGUGGUUCGCUACUAUGGGUCUUCGCCAGAGCAUGGGAACCAUGGUUAUGCAUUGGAGUUAACACAUGAGGUAUCCUUAUAAAAGAACACGUCUUCGGUCAUUUUUUCCUUCCAGCAACCUCACUUCAAAAUACCAAGCCUACUCUCAAGCAAGAUCCCAAAAGACACGUCUACGUCACAAGCGCAUUCACACCACACCCACAUACCAUCCACCAUGUCAGGCAUCUUCAGCAAGCUCAUGGCCUACUUCACUCCAGAGAAUCCAACGUUCCGCAUCACCACACUCGUCGCACCCGCAACAUCACAACAAUACUUCUCUGAGUACAGCUUCUCACACGCUGAUCUGAUUGGUAUCAACGAAACCAUCACGUUCGAUGUCGACUGCGAUAAAAUCCCAAAAGCCAUUCGCUGUAGCUGUCUAGACUCUGGACGCGAAUGCAAAGCAGAGUACCUGAAGGAGCACUACGUUGUGGAAUGGGCAGCGGGCAGUAUCAUGGGGAACGAAGAGGUGGAGAUUGGAGGAGAGACUGUACGCAGAGAGAAAAGGGGACGGCCAAAGAUUUGGCAGGGUUGGUGCAAGGAUGGUGAAAUGGUAUAUCUGAGCCCCACAGAAAGGCUGAGGUGUAUCGAGGGCUACGAUGAGCAUGUGAGGGGGGAAAUGGGGGGCGACCGGUUGAAGAAGGCGAACUCGUUCUAUUUGGCACGUUAGUCUAGGGACAAACUAAACAGGCCUGCAGCCUGCGUCAACAUAGAAACAUGCAAAGUAGUUAACCCCACGUUGAUGUAGGCUCUAGACUUGUUCGGUUUUUUUGAUGAGGUGUUGGGGCAAGCUUAUUGAUUGUCCGUGCCAACACCAUUCCACGAUCCGGUAUUGCGGAUGGUUGUGAAUGCGGAAGCGAAAUGUUCACGGCUGUGCUAGCGCAUCCCCAAUCCCCAAUCAAGCAUUUACC